AUGGGCGAAGUAUUCGAUGUUGCAGUGAUCGGGGCUGGCAUGGCCGGCAUAGUCGCAGCUCGUGACCUCAGCAAGAACGGCCACAAAGUGGUCUUGGUAGAGGCUCGUGAUCGUCUUGGAGGUCGAACCUAUAUGGACCAUGCGUGUGGUGGUAUUCUUGAACUAGGGGGGGGCUACGUACACUGGACACAACCGCACGUCUGGUGCGAGCUUCAGCGCCAUGGAAUAUCCGUCAACCCCCCAAUGGAGGAAGGCAUGCAUUACUGGCUGGCCGAUGGCGCUGUACACACGGGCAGCGCUGCUGAUUUCUAUAAAACCGCAUUGCCCCUUCUGGAACGACUAUUUGCAGACAGUCGUGAUCGAUUCCCGAUGCCAUGCAAUCCCACCGCGAUCGACAACACCGAGAUCGAGAAAGAGUCGAUCGAGGACCGCAUCAAUUCGUUGAACCUCUCCUCCUAUGAGCGGGAUGUUCUGGAGGGGGUAUUGUCCGGUGUGGUGCAUUCUUACAAAGAUCAUGGCAUUGCGCAACUGCUGCACGCCGUCGCCACCUACUUUGGAAAUUUCAGUGCUUUUUUUGAAACGGCCGGCACUUGGAGUAUUCAGGGUGGUACGAAGAGACUCAUUGAUGCCAUAAUGGCUGAAACGAGUGCCAAACUACUCACGUCUACUCCAGUAAGCUCCAUUGCCGAUAAAGGCUCUCGGGUUAUCAUUGGAACUCGGCAUGGCAAGGAGAUCCAUGCUCGGAAGGCGAUAGUCGCACUUCCACUCAAUACCAUUGGCGACGUGCAGAUCACACCGCGGUUACCCGACAUGGCACGAUCGAUGAUCGCGAGAAAGAAUCCAACCAUGGCUGGUAAACUUUGGAUUCGAGUUCGGGGCGAAAUCAAACCCUUUAGUAUCUACGCACCAGCUGGGAAAUACCCGCUCAAUGCCGCGAGAACGGAGAAGUACUUUGAUGGGGAUACGCUCGUUCUUUGCAUGUGUUCUGAUGAUGCUUCUAUUUGUUGCGAGGAUCGCGUGGGCGUGCAAGCAGCGCUGCGGAGGUUCAUACCGAGUAUUGAGGUUGUCGAUUUCGCGUACCAUAGUUGGGUCGGCGAUGAAUUUUCUAAGGGAGGCUGGAUGAUGAAUCGGCCGGGAUUCUUUACAACCGGUGCUACGGAACUCCGACGGCCACAUGGCAACAUUCAUUUUGCAGGCAGCGAUGUUUCGGCGAGUGAGCCGGGCUCUAUUGAGGGUGCUCUGUCGAGCGGCGCACAAGCUGCUCGUGACGUCUUUAUCAAGCUAAACAAACAGAGACUAUAG